CGUACUAGUACUUUCAAGUCAUCCGGCUUUCUGCUCUGUUUUUUUUUUUUUGUGUAUUUAAAUUUAAAAAAAAUUUUAAUUUAAAUUUUUUUUUAAUUCUUUUAUGUGGUUGAUUUAUUAUAAAUGUAAUAUUGUCUUUUAAAUUUAUAUCUAUAUAUAUAUAUAUAUAUAUAUAUAUAUAUAUAUGUACAAUUAUAAUUUAAACAAUUGUUCAAAUUUUUCAAAAUACAUACAUACAUGCAUAUUUUUGAAUAUUGUUAUUUUUUUAAUCUUUAUCUAAAUAAAAUUAAUAAAUUUUAGCUAUUUUAAUUAUAAUUAAUAAAUUAAAAGUUCAUUUAUAUAGAAAAUUGUUUGUGAGAGCGUUAUAAAUUUAAAAGCAAAAUAACGAAAAGUUCGGCAAAUAAAUAAAAAAUAUAAAUUUGACUUUUAUUAAUUAUGUGUAAACUUAACUAAUUGCUUCUAAAAAUAAAAAAUAUAGAGAAAAACGUAAUUUAAAAUACCAAAAAAUUUUUUUGCAAAUUUUCUCAAGAAAAAAAAAUAAAACGGAAAACUUGAAGGAAGAAAGAAUUAUUUUUUUUCUGAUUUUUUAAUAAAAUUUAUAUUAUUAUAAAUGAACGGACCGGGUGAUAUACCAAUUUCAAAUUGUACAGCUACCGAGCGACCCUGCGGAUUUUCAUUAUUACCAUCCCUCGGUAUGUCUUGCAGAGGGAGAGCCGAGGCAUUUGCCCGUCAUUUAUCUUCUAAAUUAAGAACUCUUGGCAACUCACAGAAUGGUGAUUCAGAAAUACAUAAUGAUGACCCAAUAUUAAAUGGUACUGGCCCGAAUACAUGGAUAACACAUGUCGAUCAAAGUAAUCAAGUUGUAACAGCACUGCAACCACUACGCCAUACAACUAGUCAAGAAGCUGCCGAUUCAUUUUUUGAUUUUGAUUGUGAAAUUGAAAGUCCUGGUAGUCCUGCUGAUGAAUGUGAAUAUUCACGUUUAAUUGAAACAACAUCAAAUACACCACACGAUUGUGCUACAGAGUCUGGUUAUAUAUGUUCAUCACCAGUUACAACUGGUAGUCGAGCAAGUAGUCAAAGUUCCGAUGGACCAUAUUUUGAUCCAAUUAGUUCAGAUGGUGAACAAUUAACUGAUACGAAUAUUAAACCACAACAACAACAACAGCUGCAACAACAAAAACAACAACAUAUAAAUGGUCAAAUAUUAUAUAAUAAUAAUAAUAGUAUACAUACAACUUCACCUGUAGAUGUUAAUGAUAAAAUAUUAAUAACAGCAAAUAUGAGUGCUGAAAGUAAAAUAAUGAUAAUGAAUGGACAUUGUGCAUAUGAAAUAAAUGAUACAGAUGAAGUUGACUUCCAAUAUGUUAAUCAAAAAAUAGAUGAUGAUAAAUUUAAUGAUAAAAAUGAGAAAAUAAAUAAUCAAAAUAAUCAUGAAGAUCAUAAUGAUAUUAUUAAAAAAGAAGUUGAAUUUAAUAAUAAUGAUUUAAAUAUUAAUAAUAAUAGUCCAGAAAAUUUAAUACAUCAAUCAAAUAAUGGAUAUCAUAAUGAUGAAGAAGAAUAUAAUAAUGAUUCCGUAAAAUCUUCACAAGAAAUUAAUAAAAGCAGCAUAUUAUCAAUAAAAUCUGACAAUAAUACAAUAUGUCAAGAUAAAGUACUGAACGAAUUACAAAAAUUAUCCGAAGAAAAUGAUUUAAACUCAAUAAAUGGUCAUUGUGAUGAAAAUAAUAAAGAAGAAACAAAAUGUUUGAAAAAUGGACACAAUAUUUUAAAUUUAACAAUUGCCGUACAACCAGCGACACCCAAAACAACAGAUGAUGAAUCUCAAAAAAUAUUGGAACAAGCAUUAAAUGGGGAUUUAAAUAAUACAAAUCAACAACAAAAUUUAAAUAGAGAUGUAACAUCAAAAGAAGAUACAGAUGAUGAUGAUGAUUGUAGACCACAACGUGUUAGAAGAUGUUCAUCAUUAAAAACUGGUAAAACACCACCUGGUACACCGGGUCGCAAAAAAAUUGUUCGUUUUGCUGAUGUAUUAGGUUUAGAUUUGGCUGAUGUUAAAACAUUUAUGGAUGAAAUACCAAAUAUACCAGUAUCAGCAUAUCAAGAUUUAGAAAUAGCCGAAACUGAACCACCAGUACAACUUGGCCCAAAAGCUGAUAAAAUAUUAAUGCCAUUAUUUCAACCACCUGGCUGUAUACCAUCAUUUUUGGAUAUGGUACGUGAUAAACAAGUUAAUUUAGAAAAUGCUUUAAUAUCAGAUCCAAUUCACUUAACAAUAAUGGGUUCCGUACGUGUACGUAAUUUAGACUUUCACAAAUCAGUUCAUAUACGUUAUACAUGUGAUAAUUGGCGUACAUUUUCUGACAUACCAGCAACAUAUUGUCAAAAUUCAUGUGAUGGUUUCUCAGAUAAAUUUACAUUUACGUUAUACGCAAAUAAUGUAUCAGUUGGACAACGUUUAGAAUUUGCUGUACGUUUUCAAUGUAAAGGUCAACAAUUUUGGGAUAAUAAUUAUGGAGCAAAUUAUUGUUUUCAAUGUUUGCCAGCAACAAAUAUAAAUAAUAGAAAUAUAUUACCUCCACAUCACAUACAAUCUUCAUUGAUUAGUCCGACAUCAGAUGCUUGGUGUGUUUCAUUUUAUUGAAAAAACUAAAAAAGAGAACAACAAACAUGUAUACAAAAUUAAAUAAGAUGAUAUGAGGAAAUAAUAUUUUAACACACAUAAAAUUACAUAAAUUUAUGUUGUAUAUCGUGUAUCUACACACAAAUAUAUAUUUUAGUUUUAAUAAAUUUAUUAUUAAUCAGUUUUAAGAUAAAACAUAAAAAAAAAGAAAAAGAAUGAAAAAAUAUAUAAAAAAAAGGAAUGUAACAAAACUUUUUAGAAAACUACAUGAUAAAUUGAGAAGAAAAGCAAUUUAUAUGUGAAAGAAAUUUAAAGCAAAUUUUUAAAAUUAAUUUAUAAAUUAAACAUAUACAUACAUAUAAAAAGAAAGUAAAACAUGCACAUUAAAAUAUUAGAAUUGAUUUCUAAAAGAUCUAUUAAAGUUUCAAAGUAAUUUCACACAAAAUAAAAGGAUUUAUGAGCUAUCCAUCGUCCUUUCUGUAUGAAAAAUUAUGACUAAUCACAAAAAUGAAAUUGCAUCACUCUUCGAUUUUAAUAAUUUAAUUUCAUUUCAAAUCCCAAAUCAUUACCUAUUCAUAAAAAAGUUUAAGAAUUUUUUAAAAUUCUAAUCAUAAAAGCAUAAUCAUAAAAUAAUAUUUUUAUUUAUUUAAAAUUUUAUAUACUACUAUACUCUUUUUAAAAACCAAUCUAAUUAAAAAGAAAUAAAUUAAUAAAUUAAAUCGGACGAAUUUAAUACAAAGAUUACAAGGUUUCCUAAAAUUUUUCGGUAUUGCUAUAUUAUUUAUUGUUUUUUUUUUGCUAUUGUCAAUGAGCUCGCUUCUAUAAUUUGGAGCAAAUCUUACAUAUAUUAAAAUCUUAACUGUUUUUAUAUUUGAAAUAACUUUGAAAUUAAAAAUCAAUUCUGAAUAAAUAUUACAAAAAUUAUAUAUGAUUAAUUAUUAUCAUUAAUAUCAUAAAAUUGAAAAUAUGUUAAGCAGAAGAAUAUUGAAAAGAAAGAAAAAUAUUUUAAAUGCAUCUAUUGCCUAAAAUAUAUUUUUAUACAAAUUUGUAUGUUAACUUUAAACGUGUGACUGAUUAGCUUGAUAUUUUUUGUUUUUAGAAAAGUUCGUAUAUAUAGUGUUGAAUAAUAUAGUUUUAAAUUUAUUAAUAUUAUUAUUUUUAUUAUUAUGUUUUAUUAUUUUUUAUUUAAAAAAAAAUCAUUAAUAAAUUUUUGUUUUUUGUUUUAAUAAUAAGUUUUUAUUUUUUUCUUAAUUUAAAAUUUAACAAGAACUUUUAAGUGUUUUUUUUAAAGAAAGUUAGCAAAAAGAAGGGAAAAUGGAAGAAAUGGAAUAUACUCCCAUUUCAUAAGGAAACUAUUUUUUGUUAAUUACAUAAUAUUUCCUAUUUUAAAUUGUUCCUAUAUACCUAUGUAUAUUAUAAACAAUACAUAAUGUUCAUAGCAUAUUAUAUAUUUUAUUUGCAUUACAAAUUUUAAUAUGCCGUGUGAAUUUUGGAAAUUAUUUUUUCAAUUUGAAAAAGUAUAAAAAAUCUAAUGUGAUAAUAAAGAUAAAAGAAAUCCUAUUUGAAGUGCAAUAUUUUUUCAAAUGCAAAUUAUUUUCAAAAUAUUUCAUAUUUCAUAUGAAUUAUGUAAAUGUAAAAUAAAGUAAAAAAUUUCGAUUAAUACUGUUAAAUUAUAAAAUGAAAGAACAAACGUUCAAUCUUCUUUACUAUAAGAGCAAAGUCAUAAAUUUUGGCUUUAAACCUUUGAAAAUGUUAAAAUAUUUUCUUUGUAUGGCAAAAAAAAUGCCAAUUUUGUUUUCAAUUUCUUUUAUUAUCUGGGAUGUCAUGGUGUCAAAAUCAAAUCUCUAUUUAUAAUAAUUACUAAAUUCUGUGAAAAUAUGAUAAGAUUCCAUAGCAGCCAUGAUGAGCAAUAAUGAUUACCAGUAUUUCUUAAUUUAAAUUUACUUAUUUGUAAAUUUUUGAUUAGAGAUUGAAUAUCAUAAAAAAUGUAUUGUGAUUAAAAUGAAAACAUAAUGUUAUACAAAAUUAAAAACUACACAUGUAGAAGAAAAACAAAAAAGAAAUUACAAUAUCAAAUUUUAAAGUCAUUUAAAUUUUCUGCUCUUAUUUUGAGAUUGAUGAAAGAGACUGAAUGUACUUAAGUGCAAGUAUAGUAUAAUAUUUUAAAUUUUGUUUUCAUUUAAGCUUAUAUUACAUAACAUUAUAUUUUGCAUUUUAUAUGUAAGCGAUUAGGAUAUUUCCUAGCUUUUUUGUCUUAUUUGAAAUUUUUUCGUUCUGAAUCGCAUGAAAGGGGAAGAUGACAUAAAAAUAACUAACAUGCAAGGCAACUUGAACUGUUUUAUAUAAAUUGAAAAUAUAGCCAGUCAACGUUGAAAACUAAAAAGACUCAACAUUUCACUUUUGAAAAUGUAACUAUCGCAAAUUUUAAAUUUAAAAAUAAAGGUAUACAGUUGAAACGCUGGUAAAUAAGUACAUAUUUUUAAAUAUUAAAAUAAUGUGGCUACAACGUUUUUUUGUUUUUGAAUCAACGCCUUUAAAUUUUUUUUUUACUUUUGUUUUCUGUUUUAUGCACUAUCAAUAUUGUACGUAUUUAUGAUAAGUUUACAAUUUAUAACUCUAACAAUGAAUUAUUAUAUCUAAUAGAAUAAAUAUAUUUUGGGCAAUAUAGCAUUAUAAUGUUAAUUCGAAUCCACAUUGCACAGCUAAUUAAAAAACAAAAAUCGAAUAAAAUAUUUAAUUUCUGUUGAAAAAAUUAAAUAUGUGUUAUAUUUGAUUUGAAGAUUAAAGACUUGACACAAAAAUUGAGAAGAAAACAAACUGACGAUUUGUCUUUUUAUUUUUAAUUCAAAAUUGAGACUGAAAAAAAUAAACAAACAAACAUCCACAAUAAAUAUAAUAAGAAUUUUCAAUUUUCUUUUGGUCAAAAAACUUUUUAAACUUUGUAUUUUAAUUUGAAAAUGAGUUUUUACAUCGAUUAAUUAAAAUUAGUUAUAGUUUACAAAAUUUUAAUUUUGGCACAAAAAAUUUUUUUAUGUAUGACUAAUUAAUUAUGAUUUUAAAAAUGAAAACCUAUUGAAAGAUUGUAAAAGAGAUUGUACCUAGAAAAUACCAAUAUUAAAAACCGUUCCAUAAUAACAAAAUCUACAUUUUGUAACAUAAACAUAUCAAGAAUGCAUAAAAUAAAAUUACUAUAAAAAAAAUGUAAAAUAUUAUGAAUGAUUAUUAAGAACGUAUUCAAACAGAUAUAGGAAUAAAAUCAUAGAUCAAAAAAUAAAUGUUCUCGAAGAUUUUCAUAAUUUAAUUUCCACACAAUUAAAAAUAUUUAAAUUUAUUUUCAACAUUUAAUAUCCAAAUAAAACUGAUUCAUUAUAAAAUAUAUAAGUAAAAAAUUUUUACAUUUGUAAUUAAAAAAAAAUUUGACUGUUGUUCGCAAUAAAAAAACCAAGCAAUGAAUAAAUACCUAAGAAGGCAAAUUUUAAACAAACUUUAAAAUACAUAAUUACAAUCAUAAUACUGAAUAGUUUACUACUUUUGCAAUUAAAACAUUUUUAACAAAAUGUUCAAUUUUGUCCAACUUCAUCAUAUUUUAGGUAUUCAUGCCUUAAAUUUUAAAAGCCAAAAGAAAAACAUAAAUUUAUUACAAAUUUUAUUGUACAUUAUGGUAAAACUUUGACAAUAAUUGGUAUCUUCUGGUUGGAAAUUAAAAAGUCUUCGUUUUACAGACUAUUAUCUUGCCGAAAUCAAUGUAAACUAUAAAUCUGAAAAUAGUUAAGAAACAAUAAAACUGAAAAAAUCUUGAAUUAAAAAACUGAAAGAAACUUUAUUUAAUUGAAGUUCUAGAACCUUAUUAACUGCAGUGCCAUUACAAAAAAAAAAAAAAACAAACAAAAAAUUAAUAUUUAAAAUACUGUCAAUUAUUUAUUUGAGACCAAAUCAAAUAAUUGAUUUAGCAAUGUAAUCAAUAAUAAGUGAAUUGGAAUUAAUCUCUUUAAUAUAAAACUAUAUAAAAACUAAUAUUGAUUACAAGAACUUUAAAUUUUACAAGAAAUCAUGAGCAAAAAUAAUGCUCAUCAAAUGCAAAUCCUAAAUUGUGUACUUUUUUAUAUGAAUUAAUUUCCAAAAAUAUUUUGGAAUUUUUUUUUGUUUCAUAAAAGCUAGAGAGAAAAAAAUUAAAUUAUACAAAUUGUUAAAUUAAUUUAAUAUUAUAUUUUAGAUUAAUAUAAAUUAAUAUUUUAUUAUAUAAUAAAAUUUUAUAUAAAAAGAAAUCAACAAGAUGCAGCACAAAAUUAUUACAUUGAUGAAAAAUAUUAUAUACACGCAUAUUUUACAUCCUGAUCCUGAAAGCAUCUUCAAGCCUUUAAAUAAAAACAUUUUUAUGAUUUUUAUAUUUUUUUUAAACCGUAAUUUUUUUUUUAUUAAAUUAAAAUGUUAUAUAUUUUAAAAUUUAUAUAUUAUAUUAAUUAUUACAUAUACCUGUUAUAUUUAGAUUAUAAUUUUAAUAGUAUACAAAUAGUACAUUAUAGUAUAAAAAUUAAAUAAUAAAAGUGAUGAUGGCACUCUAGAAAAAAAUCGUUAAUCAUGAAAAUGUUGUUACGAAGCAUUAUAAUUAAAAACUAAUAUACUAUAAUGUACAAAUUACUGGAAAUGUAUAUUUGUAAAACAGCCCAAAAUUAUUACACAAGAACUACAUAUGAUUGUAUUAAUAAAAUUUUUAACUAACUUUAAAGAGGAAGAAAGGACUUCUAAAUUUUGUUAGUUAAAAACUAAGUUUUGCUUGUUUUACAAUCUAUAUUUUUUAAUGAAUUGAUGAAAUUUUUAAAGGCAAACGAAUAAAAUAAAUUUAAAUAAUGUUAAGUAAAAUUUGAAAACAAAAAAAGAAACAAACGAGAAAUAUUGUUAUUAUAAAAAAGAAAAAAAAUAUUAUUUAAAAUUAAAUACAUAUAUACU